AUGAUGAAUAUUAAAGUGAUUGUUGUGGCAUUGGUAAUUGGUGUAUUGCUAUGGCAGAUAGAUGCAGCACGUAGUAAGAGUAACCGAAAAAAGACAGUUGAUCGAGGCGAUACGUCAGAAUUCACUUCAUCCUCCUCAGGUUUUGCAGAAAAUGAUGAUGAAGAUAGGCAGAGAAAAGACAAGAGCCAUGGAUACGAACGAGAGUAUAAGGUGGGGCAAAAGAAAGAUAGAAAACACAGUAGUAGCAGCAGUGAGGAAGAUGAUAAAGAUGGAAAAAAUGAGACGGCAAUUAAUUUGAGUAAUAAAAUACACCGAAAAAGGGAAUCAAAAUUUAAAGAACACUCAUCUAUGCUUCCAUGGAUGAAACAUGAUAUUCAUCCUGGGCUUGCUCCAGUUGAAUCAAAUUUGAAAGCAGUCGAACAAAAUGAAGGAAAAUUGCUGACAUUUUCAGCUGAAUCGCAUGAAGAAACACUGCUGAAAAAAAAAUGA